UCCUCCCCGCACCGCGCCCCGCCCCGGAAGGCGGCGAGAGCGCAGCGCGGCGGCGGCGAUGCUGCAGCUCCGCGACUCGGUGGAGGGCGGCGCGGCCGGGGGCCCCGCGGCGGCGGCGCUGCUGGUGCCGGCCGGGGCCGGGGCCGGGGCCGGGGCCGGGGCCCCCUCGGCGCUGCCCGCCGCCCCCGGCGACCUGCUGCCGCCGCGGCAGAGGCUGCGGCCGCUCAGCGUGCGCACCGCCAGCCGCGCCGGGCGCCUCAAGGAGUACUUCGUGUUCCGGCCCGGCACCAUAGAGCAGGCCGUCAGCGAGAUCCGCGCCGUGGUGAUGCCGGCCGAGGACGGCCCGGUGCAGAGCGUGUGGCUGCUCACCGAAAUCGACCACUGGAACAACGAGAAGGAGCGUCUCGUUCUCAUCACAGAUUGGUCCCUUCUGAUCUGUAAAUAUGACUUCAUUAGCCUGCAGUGCCAGCACGUGACAAGAAUAUCACUCAACGCAGUUGAUACCAUCUCUGUAGGGGAGUUUGAGUUCCCACCUAAGUCUCUGAACAAGCGAGAAGGUAUUGGUAUCAGAAUUCAGUGGGACAAGCAGAGUCGUGCCUCCUUCAUAAAUCGGUGGAAUCCGUGGUCCACAAAUGUUCCGUACGCCACGUUCACCGAACAUCCAAUGGCAGAUGCCGAUGAGAAGAUUGCAUCCCUUUGCCUGCUGGAAAACUUUAAGACUCAACUAAUUCAAGCUGUGAAGAAAGCCCAUAAGGAGUCACCAUUGCCAGGAAGAGCUAAUGGAGUUCUAGUGCUGGAGCGUCCUCUCCUGAUUGAGACUUACCUGGGAUUGAUGUCCUUCAUCAACAACGAGGCGAAACUUGGCUACUCCAUGACAAGAGGCAAAAUUGGAUUUUAAGAUUUGUUGCGUCUAAUGUUUUCAAAGCAGAGCUAUUUGAAAUUAGUCUCCUGGAGAGAGCACACUGUGUGGCAGAAUACUCAAUAAUCAAAAUGAAGUUAUGGGAAUAAAAGCAGUUGGUUGCAGAACCAUCAGUUCACAUAAGUAUUGUGAUUAUUAUUAUAAAGAUUGCUAGAAUGCACAUCAGAUUAGCCUGAAGUGGACACAAGGUAGCAUCAUUCUUGUAUUUUGCAUCUAAUUUUCAAUUCUUACUGGUUCAUAUGCAAGGCUAGUGAACAGCGGUAGUUCCUCUUCCGUCUCUAGCUAUACGCUCUUCCCUGUUAACUAAAUGUGACUGGUCUCUGCUACAGACACUCCACGCAAACAUCCAGGAUACAAUAGCAUGUUCAUGCCAUAUUACAGUUGUAUCCCUAUGUACAAGCUCAAAUCAUGUGGUGUGCUUGGGAUUGAUUUGUACUGUUCAGAGAGGUAUUAGUGGCUCAAGAUUACUGUAAUCUUAACAUUUGGUUAAUUCCAUAUCAGGAAAUUUAAGCUGUCAGUCAUUCUUUAGCAAAACACUGAGUCAGCAAGUUUGGUUAAAGCUGUACUGUUACACCAUCUCAAAAACAGCAUACUUGAACUAUUACUUUAUAAACUGAAGUACAUGGCUGAGUAUAAUUAGCUUUUUGUAAUAGAUUCAGUUUUGAGAGGGAGGCUAACUUGCAAGUUUCUCACAUACAGUUUCUUGCUGCAACCAUAUAAUAAAGACAUCUUGAAACAACAUAGCCAAAAGCCUCACAAACACAUUUGCCUUCAAAGUUAUUAUUUACACAAAACUGUUUAUAACUUAAAGAAAUUCUACUUUGAUUAGAUUUAUAUUCUUAGCAAUUUUUCUUAAAUCUUCUCUAGUUUGGGACAACAGCAGAGCAGGACUUUCUAAUGGAGACAGAUAAAACUAAGCACUGUACAUCAAUUUGGAUUUACUUAAUCUUGCACUUAACCUCAUACAAAUCUUGAGAACGGAAUCAGUUUCAGAGGCAGCAUAAGAGAUAUUACAACCAGAAUUGCUCGUGAGGUUAUUGUAACAAGCUUUUUCACUGUGUAUGACCUUCUACGUGUCAUUUUACCAUUGCAUUUCUCUGCUACUGUAAUGCUGAAUAAAAUUCUGUGCAGCAGUGGUAUUUUUCCUGAACUUAAAUAAAGUAGAUGUAUGUUUCUGAAA